UCCGGGCCUCGCUGGGGCCUGCGCCCGGGUGCUCUCGCAGCGGGCGAGCGGCUGGCGGAGAUGAGUGCCUCGCUGCGGCCCAUCGAACGGCUGUCCGGCCGGGUGGUGCGCGUCCUGGGCUGUAACCCGGGGCCCAUGACCCUGCAGGGCACCAACACCUACUUGGUGGGGACCGGCCCCAGGAGAAUCCUCAUUGACACUGGAGAACCUGCAGUUCCAGAAUAUAUCAGCUGUUUAAAGCAGGCUCUGACUGAAUUUAACACAGCAAUCCAGGAAAUCAUAGUGACUCAUUGGCACCGUGAUCAUACUGGAGGCAUAAGAGAUAUCUGUAAAAGCAUCAGUAAUGACACUGUAUAUUGCAUUAAAAAACUGCCACGGAAUCCUCAUAAAGAAGAAAUUAUAGGAGAUGGAGAGCAGCAAUAUGUUUAUCUGAAAGAUGGAGAUGUGAUUAAGACUGAGGGUGCCACUCUAAGAGUUAUAUACACACCUGGCCACACUGAUGAUCACAUGGCUUUACUUUUAGAAGAGGAAAAUGCUGUCUUUUCUGGAGAUUGCAUCCUAGGGGAAGGAACAACUGUAUUUGAAGACCUCUAUGAUUAUAUGAACUCCCUAAGAGAGUUAUUGAAAAUCAAAGCUGAUAUUAUAUAUCCAGGACAUGGCCCAGUAAUCCAUAAUGCUGAAGCUAAAAUUCUACAAUACAUUUCUCACAGAAAUAUGCGAGAACAGCAAAUUCUUAGAAUAUUUAGUGAGAACUUUCAAGAAUCAUUUACAGCAAUGGAGCUUGUAAAAAUUAUUUACAAGAAUACUCCUGAGCAUUUAUAUAAAAUGGCUGAACGUAAUCUCUUGCUUCAUUUGAAAAAAUUAGAAAAAGAAGGCAAGAUAUUUAGCAACAUGGAUCCUGACAAGAAAUGGAAAGCUAAUCUUUAGUGUCAGAUUAAUGGAUGAUUUUGUUGUUUUGUUUUUAGAGAAUGGUAUGUUUUCUUAACUAUUAAUUAUUUACAGAGAAUAUAGAGUAUAAAGCAUUGAAAAUAACCCUAGAUACACUUUAAAAUGAUGUAUAUUUAUUAUAAAAUAUAUAAAUCACAUUUCACAUUUAUCAUACAGGUUAUUUAUUUAACCUAGGUCUUACAACAUUUUACCAAAAAUUCAGAAUCCAGCAUUGUAUCCAGUUUCAAUAGAUUAUAUAAAAUGGUUACAUUAAAAAUAGUAAAAUUUAUGUAAUUUAAACUGGAUAUUAUUCUUGGGGAUUAGUUAUCUAUUACCAUUGGCCCGUGUACUAUUUUCUCUAGCUGCUUCAGUUAGCAGCACAGACUUCUAUGUAAUCCUUCCUUUUCUACAACCUUUGUCUACAUCUGUAGAUAAGAGCUUUGUUUUCAUGUUUCUAUCAAUUAUGUCAUGAUUAUGUAUUAAUUCUAAAGCUCUGUAUCACGUGUAUUUUCUUAUAAUGAUAUCCCACAUCAAUUUUUGCUAAUCAAAAAGUAUUAAAUUCCCAGUUAAAGGCAUUAUAAAAUAAAUAAUUAUUUCUGUAAUCCAUUAGUAUAACCAACUUACUUUCCAAGUGUAGGCUUUACUAUAUAGAUAGUCAUCAGCAUAUAUAUGAAUUAUGUACUAAAAGUCAGGUAUAUAACUCAAGCGAGGUCAGCUUUCUUUGAGAUCCUCACCUCUUUCUGGCCCUUUUCCCAAAGUCCCUACCCCUUUCAGAUUAUUCUAAACACUUAUUCUCAUGCCCUGGAAACCUGUUAUAUUCCUGAAACCAUUCCACGUUACAAAAUAACUGUGAACUCAACAACAAGAAAACAAAACAAACAACCCAAUCCAAAAAUGGGCACGGGACUCUAAUAGACAGUUCUCCAGAGAAGAUAUAUAAAUGGCCAAUAAGCACAUGAAAAGAUGUUCAACAUCACUAAUCUUUAGGGACAUGCAAAUUAAGAUCACAGUGAG